GCUGCCAUGGGCACGUUUGAUGGCAUCAUUGACACAGUCUCUGCUGUGCAUGCUAUUUCACCCUUGAUUGACCUUUUGAAGUCUCAUGGGAAGCUUAUUAUGGUGGGUGCACCGGAUAAGCCACUUAAGUUACCCGUCUACCCUUUACUCAUGGGAAGGAAAUUGGUGGCCGGCAGUGCAAUUGGGGGUAUGAAAGAGACACAAGAGAUGAUUGAUUUUGCAGCAAAACACAACAUAACAGCAGAGAUUGAGGUUAUUUCAAUGGAUUAUGUGAACACAGCAAUGAAACGGCUUGCUAAAAACGAUGUUAGAUACCGAUUUGUCAUUGACGUUGGAAACACUCUAGCUGCUACCAAGCCUUGA